GCCCUCACUUUGGAAUUUCGCUUUCACCAACAUGUCUUCAAACCAACAACAGGAUUACUUGCACGGCUUCUAUGGCUGGACAGACACUCUUAAAGGUGUAUACUAUGGGCCCGGAUCACUCAGGAAAGCUCUGCCCGAGUUAUUGAAAGUCUUAGGGGGCCAUAAAGUUCUCAUCGUCACCGGAAAAACUCUGCACGAGAAGACAGAUAUCGUGCGGCGAGUUGAAGCUAUACUCAUAGAACAAGGUGCCUAUGGUGCAACAUUUUUUGAGAUAGGGCAGCAUACUCCGAUCGCUGGUAUCCGAAGGGGAAUACAGGCAUUCAAAGAAGCAGGAGCAGAUCUCAUAGUCUCUGUUGGUGGUGGCUCACCAGUCGACGCCUCCAAGAACAUUAUCUACAGUCUCCAAAAGGAAAGUAAUGGCCCCUUCCUGCGUCAAAUAGCCAUCCCCACAACACUAAGCGCUGCAGAAUAUACGAUUGGAGGUGGAUAUACGGAUGAGCGAGGUCAAAAAGUGUCGGUCAACGCUCCCGAGCUAGCUCCCGCUGGCAUAAUUUUGGAUGCCGAACUCACGUUAUCUACUCCUGAAAGACUUUGGCUAUCUACAGGCAUACGUGCUUUGGAUCAUGCCGUCGAAAAUCUCUACAGACCAGUGGUUCCUCUGCCGGUCAAAUAUCUUUGUUACUCUGCUAUAGCUGAUCUUUUUGAAUAUUUGCCCAAAUCGAAGGCAAAUCCUCAAGAUCUGAAUGUACGCCAAAGGCUUCAGGUUGCCUCAUGGAUGAGUUUAUGGCCUAUGAAGCUGGAGAAAUACAGUGCCUUGGGUUUGUCCCAUGCUUUGGGCCAUAAAUUGGGAGCAACGUACAGUAUCCCCCAUGGAAUCACGUCUUGUUUGACACUUGCUUCUGUUGUCGCUCUCAAAGCCAAGUACGCGAACCAGGAGGGGAAGAAGUGUCUAGCUGAUGCGUUGUUUUACCUACGAGAGCCUACUACAGGGUCCGUGGAGGGAGAUGCUCACAAAUUGGCCACGAAGAUAGAUGACCUUGUCCUGCGCCUUGGAUUGCAAACCAACCUACAAGAAAACAAGGUCCCUAAAGAAGAUCUUCCCAAAAUUGCCAAGGGUGCAAUCGGUGAACAGGAGAAUGAACCGCCUAUAGAGGAAGUAGAGAGGCUAUUGGAAGGUAUCUAUACAGCGAAGAGCCUCCAGCUGUGAGCCGAUAAUCGAAUUUUAAUCUCGUUUGUAUUGCAACAGACUUGUGCUGUAUUCCUUCCCUGUUAUCAUGAUGUAGGCUGUACUAUCAUGCGAGUUCGACAGGUCGGUUGCUUCUGCGGCGAUAGCUACGAAGUUGCAGAUUGUCCUGAUAUGUUAUUUGUGGGGCGUCAGCUAGUAGCUUGCACGUUGCCAGCCUGUCUCGUGUCCAAGCUGAAGCUUGAAUCUGGACGAUGCCUUGUCUGCGCGUCCUGGCGGCCGCUUUCAAAGGUGUCAAACGGAUCCAAUAAGGUGUUCUUCUAAUACAUGACAGCGUCUAAUGUGUAUUACUAGCAACAUAUGAUCGUGUUAGU